AUGCUGGCACUUGCCUUGAAAGCAGACCUAGAAGGGGUGACAGAUCUUCGGCCUGUCGAUACCCCGGACAGCCCCUACUUCUACUCCUUCAAGGUCCAAUGCACAUCGUGCCGUGAAACUCAUCCGAACUGGGUCAGCAUCAGCCGCUUUAGAGAGUCCAGUGCCACCAUCAAAGCUGCUCCAGCUCCCUACACCCACAGCUCCCCGCCAAAGACACAGAAUGUGAUCGAGUUCGAUUGUAGGGGCUGCGAAUUUGUAGAAUUCAAGCCAGAAGGAGAAUGGGAAGCCAAAGGGCUGGAGUCUCCCACUACCUUCGGUGGUAUCGAUCUACAGGAAGGAGAGUGGUUUGACUAUGAUGAGAAAGUGAGUGCCGAGGUCAGCAUAAAGGAUCUGAAAUGGGAGAUCAAAAGAGCGAUCAACGAGGAAGUCAUAAUUCGUCUGAAAUGGGGGCAAACAGAGUACAAGGGUCGAUUGAUCAGCGUCGACUCGUACAUGAAUGUGCAGCUAAAUGAGACGGAAGAGUUCAUCAAUGGGAAGAGCACGGGCACAUUAGGACAGGUUUUGAUAAGAUGCAACAAUGUACUGUGGAUAUCAGCUGCCAAGGGAGUGGAGAUGAACAACGACGUCAAGAUGGAGGAAUGA